GAGUUUAUUGGUACAAGCCAACAGAAGGCCCUACUGUACUGUCGGCUUAGUUCAGCACCGGGGAUUGAUCUCAGUGUUUUGACUAGUUCAUCAAGCGAUCUCUAUGUGCUGUUCUUCAUAAGAAAUACUUUCUUAAGGAUUUUUAUAAAUGCUGAAUACAUGCUUUUCGUCUCCAAAAACUUAGCUUUUGCUGUUCAUUUUGAAACAAUCCCCAAGAUCCACCCCCAAGAAGGUGGAUCAGCGGUGGACAGGUACACCGGAUGGCUCUGCUGACAGUCAAGCUGUAGCGCGUCAAAACAAGUGCACCCCUGCCACUGACACACAGAGACGAGACAAGGAACGGAUUGGUGUUUGGGGCAUGUCAAAAUAACGUUUAAAACUUGUAGGAUUUAGGGAGCAGAUUUUUACAAAUUUGGUUUGGACUGGUGAUCCAACAGCUCUGCUAUGGAUUUAAAUGACAGCACGUCUCUGGCUGAGCUGAUGAGCCGGUAUGUGUCUACAGAAACAGGAUUUGGUGUCCCCAAAGAUGGCUGGCGGAUAUGUCUGGCACACGAGUUCAAAGAGAAGCGGAAACCAUUUCAAGCCAGAGAUGUCUCAUUGCCCAGCUUGAUCGAGCAUAUUUCUUUAGGGGUCAGGUAUAUGAGAUGGUGGUACAGAAAGACCCGGGUUGAGAAGAAGGCUCCUUUUAUUGAUAUGUUUGGGGCUUUACCACUAAGACAGAUUUAUGGUGCUCCUCUUGGUGGCAUUGGUGGAGGCAGUAUCACGCGGGGAUGGAGGGGAGAUUUCUGCCGGUGGCAACUGAAUCCUGGAAUGUACCACUACGAAACCGUUAUUGCUAACCAGUUUACAGUGUGUCUGCGGAGGGGGGGUCAGACAGUAUAUCAGCAGGUGCUGUCUAUGGAGCGGCCCCCGACUCUUCAGGGUUGGAACUGGGGUUAUUGUGGUGAAUAUGCCUUUUACCAUGCUCUGUACCCACGAGCCUGGACCGUCUACCACCUGCCUGGCCAGAAUGUCACCCUCACCUGUAGGCAGGUGUCACCUGUCAUUCCUCAUGACUACAAGGACUCCAGUCUUCCAGUGGCUGUGUUUGUGUGGGCCAUUGAGAAUAAGAAUGAUUAUGCACUUGAUGUUUCCAUCAUGUUCACGAUGGUUAAUGGGUCGGGCCAUAAAGACGAUAAGAGUGGGGGCCACUGGAACGAACCUUUUCACCUUGAAAAAGACGGAGAAUCUGUGUCUGGGGUGCUACUACAUCACCAGACGCGUGUCAACCCUUACACUCUGUGCAUAGCUGCAAGAGAAAAGACUGGUCAAGAGAUCAGUCACCAGACGGCGUUCAGCCCAAAGGGAACCUGUAGUGCUCUGUGGAGUGACCUCAUGACUGAUGGACGACUCGACUCGCCUAAGGACUCCAGCCCACCCACACAGAAAGAGGAGGAAGUGGCGGCAGCUCUGGCUGUGAGCUGCUCGGUGCCUGCUAACAGUCACAACAGUGUGGAGUUCAGUUUGGCCUGGGAUAUGCCUAAAAUCACAUUUGGUUCCAGAGAGAGAAUAUAUGUCAGGAGAUACACACGUUAUUACAGCACCAAAGGAGAUGCUGCCCCGUCUCUGUCUCACUACGCGCUCACACACUACAGUAAAUGGGAGCAGAGCAUUGAUGAGUGGCAGAGGCCGAUUCUACAGGACAGGUCUCUUCCAGCUUGGUAUAAGUCCGCUCUGUUUAAUGAGCUGUACUUCGUUGUGGAUGGUGGAACUGUGUGGGUGGAGCUUCCAGAGGACGCUGACAUCAGCGGUGGGCUUCGUUCUGAGGAUGGAGGGCUUCCAGCCCAGCCUGAAGCUGUCAAGGAGUAUGGACGAUUCGCUUACCUAGAGGGGCAGGAGUACAGGAUGUAUAACACAUACGACGUGCACUUCUAUGCUUCAUUCGCUCUCAUCAUGCUCUGGCCCAAGCUGGCUCUGAGCGUACAGUAUGAUAUUGCUGGUAGUGUGGUUCAACAUGACCCUACAGAGAGGUUAAAUCUAAUGAAUGGCCGAUGCUCUCCAGUCAAGACCCGGGGCGUUGUACCUCACGACCUUGGAGACCCUGAUGAUGAGCCAUGGGUUCGUGCCAAUGCAUACAUGAUCCAUGAUACAGCUGACUGGAAGGAUCUGAACCUGAAGUUUGUGCUGCAGGUGUACCGAGACUAUUACCUGACACAGGAUGAGCAGUAUCUGAAGGACAUGUGGCCCAUAUGCCAGACAGUUAUGGAAACAGAGUUGAAAUUUGAUAAGGAUGGUGAUGGGCUGAUAGAAAAUUCUGGCUAUGCAGAUCAGACUUAUGAUGGAUGGAAGGUGACAGGACCCAGUGCUUACUGUGGUGGCCUGUGGCUGGCGUCAGUGUGCAUGAUGUGUAAAAUGGCACGUGUGCUGAACUGCGAGUCCGUUUAUCAACGCUAUAGAGAUAUUUUGGAGAGAGGAAGAGCAGCCUUUGACAAACUCCUGUGGAAUGGCAAAUACUACAACUACGACAGCAGUGGACGGAGCCUGUCCAACAGUGUGAUGUCGGACCAGUGUGCAGGCCAGUGGUUUCUCAGGGCCUCUGGACUUGGAGAAGAUGACUACCAGGCUUUUCCCAAGGAGAAGAUCUGUAGCGCACUGAAGUCUGUGUUUGACCUCAACGUUAUGAGCUUUGCAGGCGGCCAGAUGGGUGCGGUGAACGGGAUGAGGCCAGAGGGUGCGCCUGACUGUUCCAGUGUCCAAUCAGAUGAGGUGUGGGUGGGAGUAGUGUACGGAUUAGCAGCUACGAUGAUACAUGAGGGUAUGAUAGAAGAGGGAAUGCACACUGCGGAAGGCUGUUACCGUGCUGUAUGGGAACGAAUGGGAAUGGCCUUUCAGACUCCUGAAGCAUACUGCGAGAAAGGCAUUUACCGCUCUCUCGCUUAUAUGAGGCCUUUGAGCAUCUGGGCAAUGCAGCUUGCACUAAACAAUCGACCGAACCACAACAAAACCACUGCUAAAGAUGUGGGACAGGACUGAGCUGGAGCCUUAUAAAUAUCCUGAAGGAAACUGCAGAGCCUCCUUAAUGAAGUGACCUCUUAAUCCCUGUUUUAAAAGACUGCAAAGGGACUUUGGAUACAAUGUCAUCAUGGACUGUUGGUUCACACUGAACCUUCUUUUCCAGUUAUUUUGUAAAACUGCCAUUUCCACUGAAAAUUUGCAGAAGCUUUCCCACCGUCCUACGUAGUAGCUGUACAGUAAAUCAUAGUUUAAGGCUUGGUCUCAGUGAGCUGACAGACUGUUCAUUAUGAUUUUGGGAGUAGGGUCAUUGAUCUUUGGAAAUCAAGUAGUUCGAACAUGAUUCUUUAUCAUUUUCACUGUAUAUUUCUAUUAUGGGAAUGGCUGAGUACUUGAAGAAAGAACUGCUUGUUCUCUCAUUCUCUCCUUUUUUUAUUAAAUACUGGUGCUUGGAUGUGUCAUAACGCAUCUAUCUGAGGCUUUGACAAGUCAGUACCGCACACUAUUAUACAGAAUUGUAAUAGAUAUAUAAGUAAAUUGGAAUGAAUGUAUACUGCCAUCAGAUUAUUUUUCUUCCCAGAUGCAUCAUAAAGCAUUUAUUUUAUCUGCUGUAUGUUGGUGCUACUGUAAGGAAAUGCUAGAAAACCACCUUUUAUAACUUUCUAGGAUGUUAAAGUGUAUUAAAUGGCUUCCAAGGUCA